GGUAAAUCACAGCUAUCGAGUCGUUUUGUGGUACCACCGUUCUCAAAUGCCCAGACCCAACUUUUAUUGGCAACUCUGGCCGUGUGGUUGCCCCCCUCUGGGGCAGUCUGAGUGGAGUUAUUUUUAGAGUCCGCGUUACUAAAAAUAUCCCCUCUCUUGUUAUUGCGUCACAACAAGUAACACUAGCCGUUUUCUGACCCGUUUUUUUUUUCUUUCACACUGUCAGUGUUUAGAACAAAGAUAUCAGGUUAACCCUGUACGGGGAUAUAAAAGGAAGCAGAGGACGGAGGCAAAGCACAGUUGCUUUGAGAUAGAUCUCUUAGAAAGUGUCACACAAGAGGGGAAAUCAUGACGGUUUCCUGCGAGUACUGUAAAGAGGCUCUCGGUGCCAGACCCGGGACUUUCUCCUGCAGCUCGCCCUGCUCUAACGCGGAUGCAAGCAUCACCCCGGGGCUUCGCUUCAAGCGGUUCAGGUCCACCAAGGGAGCCUCCAAGGCCCGGAGAGACCACAUUAACGCAGAGAUCAGGAAUAUGCGGGCCCUCCUGCCCAUAUCCCAAAAGGAGAAGGAUCGCCUGUCAUACCUGCACACCAUGUCCGCCAUCUGCACCUACAUAAGGAAAUCGGUGUUCUUCCAAGAGCUACACAGUGAACCUGGAGAGAGCUCCCUUUUCCCAUACGAGGAUUUUCUGCAAGCUUUGCCUGGGUUUAUAGUGGCCACAACGAGUGAGGGAAAACUGAUUUACAUCUCGGAGAAUGUCAGCAAGUUCCUUGGUUUCUCGAUGGUGGAUUUACUUCAAGGAGACAGUUUCUAUGACAUAGUCGAAAAUGCAGAUGUAGAGACGGCAAAAAGUCACCUGCAGACCGGCUCAUCAUCAGAAACAGAGACUGCAUUUGUUUGUCGGAUGCACACCUCCAGGGCGUUUCGCCUCCGACACGGGGGCAGCUGCCCCGUGCUGGUCCGGGGGAGGUUUCAGCUGGGCGCCUCCCCUGGCUCGAGCCCGGUUUUCAUUGCCCUCUGCUCCCCGGUUGUCAGCUGGCUGCACGACACAGACGCUUGCUGCUUUGUGCCACAUUUCCAGUCCCUCCACGGGCUCGACAUGGCGUUCACUGAGGUCCCUGACAGUGUGGUGCUCCAUCUGGGUUAUUCGAACGAGGAAAUGAUCUGUCGACCGUGGUACAGUCUGCUCCAUCCUGAUGAUCUUGCCUUCGCCGCCGCUCAGCACAAGAUUUUGUUGAAGGCAGAUGAUGACAUGCCUGUGGAAAUGGUUCUGAGAAUGCAAUGCAAGAAUCUCUCUUGGACCUGCUUCUAUAUUGUGGCUGUCAAGGAUUCUCGGAGUCAGUCAGUGUCUUGCACUAACUACAUUAUCAGUGAAACGGAAGCCACUUUCCUUAGUGAACAAAUCCACGCUCAUGUCAACUGCAGAUCAAGAACCUCCAGCCACAGAUCCUCAAAUCACUAUCAGAUCAGCCCUGAAGCAUCAGACACCAGUCAGAGCUUCACUGACAGCCCGGCGCAGAACCUAAAGAGACAGAUGAAUGAAGGCAACCCGACCGAAGAGCCAAGGAUCAAAACAAGCAGGAUUUCAGAGCCCAGCAUUUCCCUGUAUUAUUCUACUUUAAAUAACCAGCCUAGUGGAGGCAGCCCUCCACCCGUGUUGAGUGACUGUCUUGAAUUACCUUCCACCCCUCCUUACAGCCCAGAUUUCCAAGGCUCUCCUAUCCUUCAAGAGGAAGCUAGCUCCUCAGCCUUUACCAUUUCUGACUUCCUCUUGGAAAGCUACAGCUUCCCAGAGAGCCUGCAGUCACCCACAGCAGAGUCCCUGCCCUACAGCGUCCUUUCUGCACUGCCCAGCCCCCACGCGGCGGCAGAGGCUCUCCCAGGCAUUGCGGACGCUGCCAUCGGCAUCAACAGCUUUGGGGUGGCGUGGGCGAUGUCGCCACAGCUUCCGGGUUCCCCUCCCCACGAUCUCUCGAGCUGCUCCAGCGAUGUGCACCUGGUGCCCGAUUGCCUGCAGCUUGAAGAUGUCUGUGGAGGUGUGUCAGACUGCAGUUUUCACCCGGACGACUUCGGCAUUCCUGAAAGCCUCCCAGCUGGAGUGCCCCCUUACCUUGUGCCUCAUGGCUCUGUCAGUAGCGCUGGCCUUCCCACAAGCCUGCCGACUCCCGACGCUUCACCCACCUCGGAGAGCAGCUUUCAUUACAGCGAGAAGGAACAGGCCGAAAUCAGCAUCCUGGCCAGGCAAAUCUCUUCGCUUGCCAGCAGCUUUGAUACGCGCCAGUCCGUGGACCACGUUCUGAGCGCUCUGCGCCCUUCUGAAUCAGAGGCCGUCUUGAGUGAAGAGGUCAUCUACGGCAUCUUAAAGGAGCUGGAUGUGGUUCAGGCAAAAGACUGCCUUCCUCACUGCAGCCCUACCUCUGACAGAUGUGCCGAAUCUCAGCCCUCUUGUUCAGACUCUGCCUGCGCACUAGAGGGGAGUCAGGACCUCCUGCACAGUAAUUCAUCGGAGACAUCAUCUUUUCCACAUGUUGCACUUGAAGACAACCUGCCCCUGGAUCAGCUCUCCACAGUUCAUCCAGCGCUAGACACCUGCAUCCGGAGGUCUUCUUGUAACGGAUAUGCCAAUGAGUUGUAUCAACUCAAUGAAUAUCUGCACAAUAGCCUCCAGCAAGAUGGACUUGUUGAAGAAUCCAUGUACUGAAAUAAGUCUGUGACUUACUGUACUUCACCUUGUAUGGCAUAUUGUCAUGACAACCUGAAGCUUCUUCACUGGAUUCAACAAAGAACUUGAAGGCAUUUGUUAUGGGGACUUUCUUUGUCUUGUGUCCAAAAGACUGUAUCAACAGAGGGGUCCAGUGCCUCAAAAAGCAAUUGUUACUUCAAAAAAACAAUGACAUUUUCCAAAAAUGGAACGUCAUUUAAUUUAAAGAUUGUUAAAAUGUAUAUUUGAUGGACCAAACUAGUAGGCGUAGCCAAAUUUGUAUGAGCAUUAAGUAUUAUUUUUUAGAUUGUUGAUUGUUCACUGUGCUGCACUAGUAUUGCUUAUAGUGCUCUACAAACAUAUGGUACUAUGUUAAAACAAUAAUUUGCAAAACCACAAACCACAAAUCUCAUUGUACACAACACCAGUUACUGAGAGUCUUGCUAUAUUGCUGUAUGCAUAACUACUCCUGAGCACUUAAUUACAUGUGCAGAUUUGAGGAAAAUGAUAAAGGCAGUGAGAAAAGAAAAGCCCAUCUGCAGUAUUAAACAGUCAAUCACCAAUAUGAAACAAGAAUGCAAAACCAUCCUUUAACAUUUCCUGUUAAGGAAACUGUACUGGUUCUUACCCUUCCAAACUUGUAGACGCGAUGUUUCUGGCCUCAAGUGAAUGAAUAUUCACUACAGAAUGAGAAGUUGAAGGGCUUCAUUAAAAAAACAACAAGUAAAAACAACAAAAAAACUUGUUUACCUCGACUUAAACUGAACUACCUCUGUAUGUACCUCUGUGUGGCACAUUAAAACCAGUACAGGAGCUUCUUAUAGAACAUUGUGUAUUAUACCAGUCUGAUUGGCUGGUAAGCUUCUACAAAUGUGAGCCCAGUGCUUCUGAAUUAGUACAGAACUUAAUGUUCAGAGUUAAGUAUUGUGAACAUACUUGGAGAUGUGUGCCUUUUAAAAAGAAUUUGUGUUAGAGAAACACCAGCUGUAUUACAAAGCAUAUUAAAAGUGUUGUGCAACAUGAUACUGAGAUGUAAUUAUUUAAACUCAUGGCUGUUUUGCCAUUGACAAAUUAGUCUUGCUCCUCUGGCAAUAUUAAUGAAGUUAUCCUUUCUUGUAGCUAAAAAGUACAUUUAUUUUGUGCCAAAAUGUAACAUAUGUGUAAAUCUGAAAAAAUAUUU